GUUUCUUCCAAGAGAGGUCGCUAUGUUCAACUUUGCUACAGAUGGGUAGAAAUUGAAAGAAUUUGUUGUUUGAAUUGGACUGUUGUUGUUAGUUUCUAAUAUCUUCGUAAAAAUAAAAUAUUUAUACUUUAGAUACGUAAUUACAUAAGCAAUAAAGACAUGGGGGUGCCAAAGUUUUAUCGAUGGAUAAGUGAGCGUUAUCCUUGUCUGAGCCAAGUUGUUCAACAAAAUCAGAUCCCUGAAUUUGACAAUUUCUAUCUUGAUAUGAAUGGUAUUAUACACACAUGUUCACAUCCAAAUGAUGAUGACCCACAUUUUCGAAUUUCAGAAGAACAGAUUUUUAAAGAUAUUUGUCAUUAUAUUGAGUUUUUAUUUCGGAUGAUAAAACCUAAAAGAGUUUUCUUCAUGGCAGUUGAUGGAGUAGCACCUCGUGCUAAAAUGAAUCAGCAACGAGCUAGAAGAUUUCGAACUGCUAAAGAAGCUGAAUUACAAGAGAAACGAGCACUUGAACGUGGUGAAACCUUACCUAAUGAAGCAAGAUUUGAUUCUAAUUGUAUUACUCCAGGUAUUUUUUGAUUUGCUUAAAAUUUGAUUAUUAAUUAUUGUAAGUGAUUUUAUAAAUAUCAGGUAUAAUUAAAAAAUUCAUAUAAUUGUAAAACUAUUGAAAAAUAUAAGAAAUGCAUGGAAAAAAUAUAAGGAUAGAAUAGUACACUAUCUACCAUAAAGUAAUUGGACACCCCUGCAAACAGCAACAUGCGCUGUCUUAAUACAUGUCACGGCCGCUGUGGAUAAAUGAGAAAGAAAAUCAGUAUCAGUCGCAUGCAAGAUGCCACACAGUUUGAAGCUGUCUGAUUUCGAAAAAGGUGUAAUCAUUGGUUAUCACAGAAAUGGCUGUUCCAUAUGUGACAUAUCCAGCGAAGUACUCAAAAUCGACAGUGGGCUACGUGAUUCACAAGAGGAAGGUGAGCAGUAACUAUCAGAAUAAGCCCUAACUAGGCAGGCCCAUCAAACUGGGAGUUAGAGACCAACAGGUGCUCUCCAGAGAAAUUUGGAAGA